AUGAUCAGUACCCCAAGCGGCGUCCGGCGCCCCUCGGGCGAGGACGCCGCGCGCUGCGCGGGAUGCCGCGGGGUGGUGGGCUGCAGCUCUACCGGGACGGGGAUUGGGAUCUCGGCGGGUCGCGCGGGGAGGCGCCACCCGGCGGCGCCGCGCCCGCGCCGAUCGCGAGGGCAGGGAGCGGUCGGAGGCACAUCCGGGCGACAAGGGGGGCUGCUGAUGUCCUUGGCAGCCAGGGAGGUUGGACUCCUCAUCGAGUGUGAUGGGGUGCUUGUGGACCUCAACACCGAUGGUCACAGGGUUGCUUUCAACAGGGCUUUCAAGGAUUUGGGACUGGAGUGUGCGGAUUGGAGCCCCCAAGUGUACCAUGAUCUUCGGCGAGGGGGCGAUGGGACUGCGGAAGGCAUGGUGGCUGCAUUCUUCAAUAAGAUAGGCUGGCCGAUGGCGGUCGCGACAACAGAGAGGAAGGAGUUUGUGACCAGCGUCCUGAAGUACAAGAAGAAGAAUCUGAGGAAACUGCUAGAGGAGGACAAAGUGCCGCUGCGCCCUGGCUGCCUGGAAUUCAUCGAUGCUGCCCUUGAAAGUGGUGCAAAGCUGGGAAUCAUCUCCUGCACCCUGUCAGAUGUGGAGGAUGACGUCAUGGGGUGGCUGGCAAGGCAGAUAGGGGGGGAGCGCACCAGGAAGCUGAGAGUGUUUCCACAGCAGCCUGGCAAGGAGCUUCCAGGAAUGGAUGCUGAUUCCGGUUUUGAUGAGCUGCACAAGGGCCUGCAGGACAGCAUGGCAGAGGUGAAGCGUAGGGAGGCGGAGGCUUUCGUUUCCACUGUUGCUUCAAUCGAGUCUGACAGCUUGUCGAUCAGAAUUGACCCGGCGCUUGUGGCAGGACCAACACCAGGUGUCACCACACCGUGGCUGGCGGCUGUGGUUGCGGCAAUGGGAUGCUCCCUGAAGGAUUGUGCAGUGGUGGUGGCAAGCAACGGCACGGCACAGACGGCAUCGGCUGCGGGUGCGGUGUCUCUGGCCGUGCCCGCGGGACUGUCCCGGCGAGGCAGCUUCCCUGAUGCUGCCGCCGUGUUUGAUGGUUUUGGAGCGGGGGGAGGGCUGACGUGGAACCGAGUGGCGGCUCUCCUGGAUGACAGGGCCUCCGGCUGA